UUGUUAGUAUGUCACUUCGUAUAGACUUGACUUCAAUUUGAUUUACAUACAGGUUUGGUAUCUGACAAAUCGCCUAUGUUUAUAUUCAUACCAUUAGGCUCUUUAUCACUCAUUUUCUCAUUGAAACUAUAAUGUUACCAAUUACAAUUAUAUAGUCAUUGACUGUUUCACUUUGAAUCACUCCGAUACCGAAAGCGGAUUGAUUAUUCCAUUAAACCUUUUUGUAUGUACACAAUAAUUAAUUAUGAGUAGAGUGGAGUGUAUGGCACAAAAAAAGAGAUCAGAUCAUGUGAUCCAAUUUUUACCUUUACCAUCAAAAGUUUUAACCAAUUUUUUUUCAUAUAGAGAUUAUGAACUAUCCUAGUCAUAGAAUUAGAGAUUAUCGAUUAAAUAAUACCAAUUAUGACUGAUUUCCUUUCUAAUUUUGAAAAAUUAUCCUUAAAGGAUAUUUCCAGCAUUGAUGAAUCCAAAUUCACUCCUUUAAAUGAUGAACAAAAGGCAUUAUCUUCACAAUUUCAAACCUUAUCAUCAAGAUUUGAUGAAUCAGAAUCAUUAGUUUCGUUAAAUGAAAACUUAAAAUCAAAAACUUUUAUUACAGGUACUUCUCCAAGUAAAGUGGAUUUCUUAGUUUUUGAAAAGGCUUUCCCAUUAUCUUUCAAAUGGACUUCGAUUGAAGAUUUAUCUAAAUAUAGACAUAUCAUUAGAUGGAUUGAUUUAAUUCAAAAUAAAUAUGUUGAUAUUCCAGAAGCUGAUAAAUUGAAAGUUGAUUAUGAAGCUCAAGUUGCCAGAGAAAUUAAAGAAAAGAAAAAGCCAGCUGCUGCUGCUGCUGCCGCUGCUGCUCCAGUUGUAGCUAAAAAAGAUGCAACUUCAUCUCCAGCUCCAGAAGGAGAAAGAAAAGAAUUAACAGAAGAACAAAAGAAAGCUAAAGCUGAUGCUCAAAAAGCCAAAAAAGAAGCCAAAGCUAAAGCAAAAGCUGCCUUAAACACUAAAGCUGAAGCUGAAGUAGGUCCUCCAACUCCAUCCAUGAUAGAUUUCAAAGUUGGUUUUAUUCAAAAAUGUGAAAAACAUCCAAAUGCUGAUUCUUUAUACGUUUCAACCAUUGAUAUGGGUGAAGAAGAACCAAGAACUGUUUGUUCUGGUUUAGUCAAUUACUUCUCUCUUGAAUCAAUGCAAAAGAGAUGGGUUGUUACUGUUGCCAAUUUAAAACCAGUCACCAUGAGAGGUAUUAAAUCAUCCGCUAUGGUCUUCUGUGCUUCUAAAGAUAAUGUUGUUGAAUUCGUUAAUCCACCAGCUGGUUCUAAACCUGGUGAUAAGAUUUUCUUUGAAACCUAUGAUGGAGUUCCAGAAAAACAAUUAAACCCAAAGAAGAAAGUUUGGGAAGCUAUUCAACCAGGAUUUUCUACAAGUGAAAACUUUGAAGUUACUUAUACUGCUGAAGGUAAAGCUCCAGUUAGAUUAGUAAAUGCCAAAGGUGAACUUUGUAAGAAUACUACUUUAGUCGGUGCUGAAGUUAAGUAAGUAAAUAAAUAAAUAAAUCAAAUCUAUGUAUAGAGUAAUAAUAACAGAAUCGAUUACAUUUUUCUUC